GAUCGAGAUGUUGUGAAUGAGUCAUUUCACAGAACAGCCGUGCUGGUGAGGUUGCUUUUUAUUUGUCUUUAUCUUAGAAUUAAAAUUAUUCAAGUAACUACCGAUACGAGAUUAAAACAUGUUACAGUUCAGGUCUUCGGCAGUGUUAAAGGAGUUGUUUCAGUCCAGCCUAAAGCGCCCUUUGCCGGGUAUUAUUGGUCAAAAUAAAACGCUAGCAGUCUCCUACUGCUUUAGUACUGCCUGCCCCGAUCUCAAAAAAGUGUUGUCUAAAUUCAAGUACAAUCACGCCGGGCGGUACCGAACAUUGCUUCAGCCGUUAGCCUGGGUCAGAUCCUUGGGAACCGGAUGCAUGAGUUUCAGCACCAAAUCAGAAGACGUGGUGUCAGCUAAUCAGCAGCAAAAGCUUGAUAAUAUUAGCAGCAAAGAGGCAGCUGCAGAAAAGAGAAGAAAAGCAGGGAUUUUGCCCAGCCUAGAGGAUCUCCUGUUCUACACAAUUGCAGAAGGACAAGAAAGGAUCCCUGUUCAUAAGUUUAUCACUGCAUUAAAAGCUACAGGAUUAAGAACUGGAGACCCAAGGCUGAAGGAAUGCAUGGAUAUGCUGAGACUGACCCUUCAGAACACUUCUGAUGGAGUGAUGCUUGACAAAGAGCUCUUUAAAAAGUGUGUACAGAGCAACAUUGUGCUGCUGACUCAGGCUUUCAGGAAGAAGUUUGUCAUUCCAGAUUUCGUGCCUUUCACUUCACACAUCGACGAACUCUACGAGAGUGCCAAAAAGCUGUCUGGAGGGCAGGUUGCUGAUUAUAUUCCCCAGCUUGCCAAAUUCAGUCCAGACUUGUGGGCAGUUUCUCUUUGCACAGUGGAUGGACAAAGGCAUUCAGUUGGAGAUACGAAGGUCCCAUUUUGCCUGCAGUCCUGUGUGAAGCCUCUAAAGUAUGCCAUUGCUGUUAAUGACCUUGGCACGGAGUAUGUACACAGAUAUGUUGGUAAAGAGCCCAGCGGAUUACGAUUCAACAAACUGUUCCUGAAUGAAGAUGAUAAGCCUCACAACCCCAUGGUGAAUGCUGGAGCGAUUGUGAUUACUUCUUUGAUAAAGCAGGGGGUAAACAAUGCAGAGAAGUUUGACUAUGUGAUGGCUUUUUUAAAUAAAAUGGCUGGUAAUGAGUAUGUUGGCUUCAAUAAUGCAACGUUUCAGUCUGAACGGGAAACUGGAGAUAGGAAUUUUGCUAUAGGCUACUACCUAAAAGAGAAAAAGUGUUUCCCAGAAGGCACAGACAUGACUGGAGUGUUGGAUUUUUACUUCCAGCUGUGUUCCCUUGAAGUGACCUCUGAGUCGGCCAGUGUAAUGGCAGCGACGUUGGCCAAUGGUGGAUUCUGUCCAAUUACUGGAGAACGAGUGCUGAGCCCUGAGGCUGUCAGGAACACGCUAAGUUUGAUGCACUCGUGUGGCAUGUAUGACUUUUCCGGGCAGUUUGCUUUCUAUGUGGGACUUCCAGCUAAGUCUGGUGUUGCUGGUGGUAUUCUACUCGUUGUACCCAAUGUGAUGGGAGUCAUGUGCUGGUCGCCUCCACUGGAUAAACUUGGCAACAGUGUCAGGGGCAUUCAGUUCUGCACAGAUCUGGUGUCAUUGUGCAAUUUCCACAAUUACGACAAUCUGAGGCACUUUGCAAAGAAACUUGACCCCCGCAGGGAGGGUGGGGACCAAAGGCAGCAUCCCAAAGGACCAAUGGACUAUGAAAGUCUUCAGCAAGAGCUAGCUCUUAAAGAUACUGUGUGGAAAAAAGUGUCGCCUGAGUCCAAUGAGGACACAUCUACAAGUGUAGUGUAUAGAAUGGAGAAUGUGGCGACCGCAGCUAAUGAGAGGGGUCUCGUUUCAAAAUGCUCUCCGGUUUAUCCUCUUGACAUCUCUAGCUCAUUAAACCAGUUUUAAAAAGUAUUUAUUCCAUUCAGGACUUGUGGGUUAUUGUAAUUAUUGUAUUGUGCAACACUGUGUACAUCUCUAUUGCUUAUUUGCACUUAUUAUAUAUGUGUGCUUUAAUAAUGUAAAUUGUGUAAAUAUAUCUGAAUGCCAAAGACCAGGAGGAAAGUUGGGGCUUAGAAUGUGUUAUCCCAAUUGUGUUUUAAGUUAGUGUGUAAAUGUUCUGAUAUAUUUACACUUAAUUUAAGAACAGAACCCAAAGAAAGGAAAGGUAUAUGAAGCAAGUGCAUUUUAGGAUAAUUCACACUAACCUUGAAACUAGUGUUAUUAUCCGUAAUAUUGCACAUAUUUCUGGUUUAUUUUUUGAUUCCAUAAUUAUUUAUAAGUUAUUUUGUGGAGAAUGGGGUUACAGUUUUUUUCAACUAUUUGAAAAUAGGUCUUAAAGCACAGGGGUGUGCAAUUCCUAUCGCCUAACACCUGGGGCAACAAGAUUUACGUCAGGCACAAGUUUUGCCGUUGUACUUUACCCGUUGGAUUUUUUUUAAUUUAUUUUUUCUUUGUUAGUUCUGUUGCUAUAAAAACACUCCGGGUAUAUUUCUAGAGAGCUGCGUACGUUUCUGAAAACUGAAUUGCAGAAGUGUAGCACCUACACAAACCUUUUUUUUCCCUUAUUGGCUUGCUGUGGAAAAAACUGAUCUUCUACUGGUUACAAAGAAACCCAGAAAUGGCUGCCAAGAGAGCCUCUGGCAAAGCACAGACUAAUCUUUUAAACUGACGGUAUUAUAGAGGGUUUUUGUAAAUUUAGCAAAUCCGUGAUACUGCUUUCUUAAUACAUGAACCUAACAUUAAAUGCAGCAAUCUAGUCAAGUUUAAGGACAAACUUUCCCAAGCAAAAAAUUUAAUUUUUUUUUCUUUAGAUUUUUAGUGUUGCUAACCUAGUUUGCCAUUUACCAUGUUUCCAUAUUUUAAAGGUUUUUUUUACUAGACUAUUUUAAAAUAAAAUACAGACUGUAACUCUCAUGGCAAUGUGCUUGUGUUAAUUCAGUUAUGUAUUUAUUUUUCAGUGAGAGUAGUGCAGGGAAAGAAUGUUGCCCUCCAAAAAAAAAAAGCCAUCAGGGUGUUAAACCAGGAUCCCCCUGCUGCAGCAGUGUUCCAGUUAGCCAUCAUGGGACAAGAUGUUAGAUGAGGGAAAAUAGCUGUAAAAUCUUGUACGUUGUAAAAAAAUAGAAGUAUAUAAUAGAAAUAAACAAAAGAAAGAAAAUAGGCUCUAUCAGUCAAAAGAAUUUGAUGGAGCCUACUGUAAAUAUUGUGUGUAUUUUGGUAGAAAAACAGUGAAAAUUGCAGAGAAACUUGACAGGUUAUGCACAAGUACUUUAAAAAUCUGGGGUUCAGCAUGUACAAAACUGAAAGAAUAUCAAGAAAAAUCAGAAUUCCACAAAGCAGCAGUAAUAGUUGGCAGUGAUUUCGUAUCUGUGAUGCAACAAACUAAAACACUCAGGAGUUGGAUUCAGCUUAUAGAGAAAGUGGUGGUGGUGGUG